AUUUGGCGGGGCCUUUGUCUCUGGCUGCAGCCGGAGGUCCUGGUCUUCUCUUCACUGCUCAGUGUCCUCUGCUCCUAGAGGCCCAGCCUCAGUGUCCCUGUGACCUGCAGAUAUUGGGAGAUCCACAGCUAACACGCCGGGACCCCCUGGAAACCCAGAGAUGACUGCGCUGUAACACACAUUUGAUGCCGAAACCUGGGAUAGGGGAACUCCUUUGGGAGUCGUGUCCCCUAACCCCAUCCCCCGACUUCUUGAAGAGACCCGGUCGCGACCUCGGUACCUUGGACUGGCUCUGUAAAAGCCCCGCCUCUGCCUUCGAAUCGGAACCAUUGACAUUUAAAGAUGUGGCCAUAGAAUUCUCUCUGGAGGAGUGGCAAUGCCUGGAUACUGCACAGCGGGAUUUAUAUAGGAAUGUGUUGUUAGAGAACUACAGAAACCUGGUCUUUUUGGGUAUUGCUGUCUCUAAGCCAUAUCUGAUCACCUGUCUGGAGCAAAAAAAAGAGCCCUGGAGUAUAAAAAGACAUGAGAUGGUAGCCAGGCCCCCAG